AUGGCUCAGGCUGCAAGACCUUGGACAUCUGAAGAUCCCCUCCAAUUCCCCAUCCCCAACGAAGAAAAGACCCUGAAGGACUGCCGAAAACUUGUCGAGAAACUGGAUACAGUCAAAUGCGAAGCGUGGAAGGACGAAAUUCAGAAUCUUCUGUUGUUCGCUGGUUUGUUCUCGGCAAUCGUAACGGGAUUCAGUGUCGAAGCGACCAAAUCCCUUCAAGACUCUCCUGACGACAUCAGCAUUCAACUCCUUGCUCGAAUUACCUCCCAGCUCGACGAAUCGUUGAACGCGACAGGCUCAAUUCGCCCCAUUCCUCGAAUCCCAUCGUUCGCACAACCCGCUAACGCGACGCGUGUCAAUAUACUCUGGUCAGUCAGCCUGACCCUCAGCCUUGGGGUGGCUACCAUUUCCAUCUUAUGUCUACAAUGGCUUCGCGAAUACCAGCGCCAGGACCCCAGUCGCCCCGACGAAGAUGCACUGGCUAGUCGCUACGUCCGCGAAGAGUCGCUCAAGAUGUGGAGGGUCCCCCUCAUCAUCUCCAUCCUUCCCAUAAUCCUCCUGACCGGACUGGCGCUGUUCCUCAUUGGGCUCGUGGACUACUUCCACGCCAUGAGCCCGUUGGCAGGAUGGAUCCUAUCCGGCUUUGUCGGGCUGACCUUGCUCAUCCUAGUUGUUACCACUGUGCUUCCAGCGGUAUACGACUUCUGGAUAAUUUCCAGCACCGGAUUUCGGGUGAAUCCAGCCCACUGUGCUUAUAGGUCACCGCAGGCGUGGGCAGUAUCCAUUUUGUGCAGCGCGUUCGUUGCAGCGUUAUCGUCGAUUGACAAGGUGCUGGGAAGGAUGGCGGUAUGGAAGUAUAUGAAGGCUUUCAUUAACUUCCUUUGGUUCAUCUUGUGGUCAGACAUGCAGGCCUUUUAUUAUGUAGCGACCUGGCCCUUUAAGGCCCCCGUCCGUGCAAUCGCCUGGCUCUUUUCCACAGAGCCCAGGCCGGAGGGGCGGAGGGAUGCAUAUUCGGUGGGAAAAGUCCGAAGCCUUCCGAACUGGCUGGCGUACGACGCUUGGUGGCGAAACCAGCUUCGCGUCGACUAUAUCACUGCCAUUUGCUCCCUCGCCCGCGAGCAUCAAGGAACCGACAACCUUAUCCUCUUCGCAGCCUAUUACUGUAUCCGAGAUAUGGCCUCGAUGUCGGGACUAGAGAGAGCCACAUGGGGCCUACUCGGAGGAGCCCACUCACUCAAUACGGAGCGCGUCUUCAGUCAAAAGCUUCAUGUUGCCAAAGACUGGGUCAUGUUCGCAGUGGGGUCUGAGUUAUUCAGUGGGAAGUAUUCGAUGCGGAGUAUUGGCGAAUGGGAAUGCCGCCACUUACUGGAGCUGUUUGUGAGGCUGACACCGGUACUCGUGGAGGAGUACACCCAGCAGUCGAUUUUCCCUACGAUCUUCCAAAACCCUGCUCUACUGAUGUGGAAGGACCCCCCUCUCCCUUCGGAUCUUCGUAUCCGCCUGUUUGCCUGCUUUGAGAAAUUCCUGUCCGUACGGCCUUCACAAGAGGACCCCGGGAAUCGGGAUACGACCGGCAGCGCCGCAGCUCCAACGACUGAAAGCGUGGCCUCGAAACUGUUGCUGGACUCAACAUUAGCCUUGAUCACCACGUUCCUUCUCGACCCCAUUCCUGAGAUCUACGAUACAAGGGCUCAAAUCUCCGAAAUCGUGCGGGCAGGAUUCACGGCGCUUUCUCAACAACAAGGCUUUGGCGACUUUUACUUGUAUUGCUUACACCCUUGGGAGCAGGCAAGAUACAUACCGGACCCGUCUGCGACGGUGGACACGGCGCUGAUGCUCGACCCGCACAUGCUCGACGUCGUCGUUGAAAUGGAGGAAUUCUGGAAAUUUUUGCAUCGUUACGUCAAAGGUCAACAGGGAAGGAAGUGGUCAAGGAAGGAAAGGAGGGACUGGGCAAGUUUCUUGAGUAGGGUGCGAAUUGAAUCAGUACCCCGUAGCUCCUGGGUCGAUUUUUCGGACGUCUUGGAGUCCGAGACGCUUUCUAAAGGAUUUGAAUUGACUAUGGUGCGCCCGGUUCUGCGAGCCAUAGGCCUGCUCGUUCUCGGAAGCGACGGAUCGGAUACAGAUCCCCUAACGGAUUCCCCAGAUGUGCAGGUUCCUACCAGAGUGGACGCAGGCUUUCACGUCCUGAUUCGAUUUUACAGAUACAGACGAUCGGAAGUGGGUGCGAGGCAUCUGAUGUACAACUUCCACAAGCAUUGUCUUUAUUCCUGGACCCUUCCUUCUAACGAAGCUGCGGUCAUAAAUAGCCGAGACUUUCUUCGACUCUCGGAAUCGUUCAAGACCUUUGUUAACAUCACGCUUCGUGCGAGAUGGAUGCGGACGAGCUGGGACUAUGAACAGCGACUGAAGAGGCUCUACACGCUUCUGGAUCUUCCACCUCCUAUCCAAUUGUUUUCCACUCACCGCCGCGGUCGUUCGCGUAAUUCACGCGUAUCAUCGACAACGCGUCGUCGGCGAUCUAUAUCUAACCGUCGCUCAACCCUCUCGUCGAUAGGUCUCGAAGCCUUCCCCACCCGAGAAGCCUCGAGUUCGAUGGGGGAGGUUAUCCGGUCGGAGCCCAUUUCGAGUUUCCCUCCAACAACACAGCAUUCCCGACACUCUGCUACUAACCGAUCAUCCUCCCAACAAGAGGCUCCUCUCGAACCCUUGACCUUUCCCAGGUUCAGGGAUGCCCAGCGUGACGCGUGGUCAGUUUCGGGAGAUGAUGAUCCUCUUCCCGGCGAGCCUGCACGGACUCAUUUAUCGUUGUCCAUCAGCUCGGUGCCCUCUUCGUUGAGGACUUGGGCAUCGGAGCGUGUCCAGUAUCCUGGACCAAACCGGAGGAGAGGAAGAGAACCUUACAAUCCCUGGGGCAUCGGGUGGAGAACUUACAAUCUGUCAAGAUCAGGUUCAUCUGCCCCAUCCAUUGGAGACGACGACAGGCCAGCUGGGCGUGGACGGUUCCACCUCUCGGCAGCCCUACAAGACACUCAGUUCCCAGCUUUAGACGGACCGGCCUCCCUGCGUCAGCCGCGAGUUCAAGCUCGCUUGUCGCAGCCGAGGUUCCUAGCCCCCCAGCCUCUGGCAGCUCUCGCCGUCAUUCCGACCCAGGUGGCUCACGUGGACGCCGUUCUUCUACAUCUUUCAGAAGCAGUCGGAGGGAAACUUCAGCACCGCUACCCUCAUUGCCAUUGGAUCAGAGCGCAAAUAAUGAAACCGAUACCGGAGUGGCUCCGGUUCAGCGCACGGAUUGGGGCAGCUGGUUUGACGACAGCCCUGAUGGAAGGGAGGAAAGGGGACGUUCAAGAACUCGCCCCAGACGUCGUGGAAGACCCCGGACAAGCUUGA